AUGUGGUACAGUUGCCCUUUCGGACUCCGAGGCCUCCUCGGUUCCUCGUACUCUACGGCGUGCCACAUGCUCCGACGAUUACAACGUCGCCUCGAAUCGGACGCUGAUCUCGCCCGAUUAUAUAACGAUUUCUUACAAGAGUAUGAGGCCCUCGCACACAUGACUCGGGUCGGCACCACCGUUUCAGAUUCGGAGUCCGGCUAUUUCAUUCCGCAUCACGGAGUGUUAAAGGAAGGAAGCACGACCACGAAAUUGCGAGUCGUAUUCAACGGGUCCAGCCGAACCAACACCGGAUAUUCGUUAAACGACUGCCUACACAUAGGCCCGAAACAACAGCAGGAACUGUUUGACGUGCUACUUCGAUGGCGUCGGCACGCCUACGCCUUCUGUGCCGACGAGAAAAUGUACCGACAAAUCUUGGUGCAUCAGGAGGAUCGACGAUUUCAGCAAAUACUCUGGAGCGCUAGUGGACCGUCGAUUAUCUUUCAGCUCAACACGGUAACAUACGGGCUAACCUUCUCUGCAUUUGCUGCGAUACGUUUCAUAAAACAACUCGCGUACGACGAAGGCGAUCAUUAUCCAGACGCAGUUCUCAUCCUUCUGGAGGAGAUGUACGUCGACGACGCCCUUUCCGGUGCCGACACGCUUUCGCAUGCCCGCACAAAAGCAUCGCAAUUAGAUCAGCUCCUCAAGGCGGGCGGAUUCACGCUCCAAAAAUGGGCGUCGAAUGACCAAGCCGUGCUUGCGGAUAUCGACUCUCGCCGUCACGCGGCCCCCGCUCCUCGCGAAUUCCACGAUGAGUCAUUCGCGCGUGCCCUCGGACUCUCGUGGGACCCGUCGGGUUGGAUCUCACCCGUCACGAUCGUCGCUAAAUUAUUUAUGCAGGAGCUGUGGCGAAUUAAGGUGGAGUGGGAUGAGCCCCUCUCAGAUGAGUUCGCCGAUCGGUGGCGCGAAUUCGAGGAAGAACUCGAGACAAUGUCAAUCACCAUCCCGCGCUGGCUCGGCACGUCCUCAACGAACCUAACUGUCGAACUCCACGGUUUCUCGGAUGCCUCCCAACAAGCUAUGGGCGCCGUCAUUUAUUUACGCGUUACGACCUCGGCCGGGGUUAGCAUCGCAAUCGUGGCAGCGAAGAGCCGUGUCGCGCCCAUCAAGAAGAACACCAUUCCGCGUCUCGAACUCAGCGCUGCGGUUCUCUUAGCACGGUUACUUGUUCGCGUCCAAAUGGCACUCAAAUUAGAAUCAGCCUCGGUUAACCUGUGGGUUGACUCGAGCGUCGUACUGGCGUGGGUUCAUGGAUGCCCAUCAAGAUGGAAGGAGUUUAUAGCCAAUCGAGUCGCACUCAUUCACGAGCUCGCUCCCGCUGCUCGAUGGCGACACAUCGCAGGCCGCGAAAAUCCGGCUGAUUGUGCGUCACGGGGCAUUUCUCCAACGCAGCUGCUUACCCACCCACUGUGGUUUACAGGCCCACCUUGGUUAUCCCAGAGUCAUGAACGGUGGCCGAUCAUGUCGCCUCCAAUUCCUUCUACACAUCAACUGGAGGAACGGUCCGUUACCGCUAACGCCACCGCAACACAACGGGCCGCCGCCUGGGAUCUCAUCGAUCGAUACUCACGAUUAACGCGCUUACUCCGAAUCACUGCCUGGCUCAAGCGAUCAUUAAUUUGA